GGUUUUAUUACCAGUUCUCACUUCUCAGGGCUCAGGCAAUUACCAAAACAGGUUUAAGAAAGCAAAGUGUAUCCCAAGAACUAUUCUUAUCCCCAAACGUUGAAACAACUACUUCUCUAGUUUCUACUAAUCUAAGAUAUUCUAGUUCAACUCUCUUCACUUUUCUGGGCAUAUACGAGGUAACAAUCUUCUAUUUCUUGCGCAACCACAAAAAAUAAAUAAAGAUCGAUUUUUUGUUGUUAAUAUAUACACCUUACCUUACCUUACCUUAUGCUGCAAAAGCUUUAAACUAUGGUUGAGAUUAUUGGAUUUCAACUUGAUUGGUACUGUGAUUAGCAAUAAAUUUGAGCAUUGGGUUCUGAUUUUUAGUAAAGAAAACCCUAGUUUUAAUGGGUCAAUUUUUGUAGUUUUCCACUAUUAAGUAUUAACAUAGCAAAAAUGUCAUCAUUUUGCCUGAUUUCUAAUAGUGGGUUGGUAAGCAACCCACAAAAUUAUAGAUUUUAUGCGUUGAGAGCUAAAUCUUUUGAUAGAUGUGUGUUGUUCAGACAUGGUUGUGCUUCUUUCUGUUCAUCAAAGUCUCAAAUUUAUAGUACAAAUUCUUUGCGUGAGGUGGUUUGUUGUAGUAAAGUGAGGACAAUAAGUGAUGCAAGUGAAAAGAAUAAAGUUGCUCAUUUAGAGGAUAGGGAAUCUGUUGAUGUAAAGAGGAAGUUUUCUUUAAGAUUAAGGCCUAGAUUGAGGUUAUUGUCAACAAGAUUGAGAAGGGUGUCGAUUCGAUCAGCUUUAAAUGAUUUUGGGAUGUUUUUGAGAAAGCAUAUGAAGAAAGUCACACUAGUCACUUCUAUUUCUUUUGCUCUAGGAGUUUGUUAUUUGUUUAUGAAGCUAAUGUCGAUUCCAUCUCCGAAAAUUGUUCCUUAUUCGGAUUUGGUUACGAGCAUCCAAAGCGGGUCUGCUACGAAAGUUCUUUUUGAGGAAGGAUCUCGUAGGAUAUACUUCAAUACUAAGCUUCAGAAUGUUGAAUCUGUUCAUUUGGAGGAAGGAAAUCCGGGUUCGGAGUAUGAACAGGCUGAGAAUGUGGUUGAGAAUGUAGAAGGUGGAGUUGCUGUGGCGGUUGAGGUUACUGCUCAAGUUAGGGACACAGGUGUUCCUGCAAAAAGUGUGAGGAAAAAAUCUGCUGUUCCUGAGUGGCAGUAUGCUACAAGAAAGGUUGAUCAUGAUGAAAGCUUUCUCUUAGGUAUGAUGAGAGAAAAGGGUAUCACAUACAGUUCAGCACCUCAGUCAGCGCUAAUGGCAAUGAGGAGUAUUUUGCUUACUAUCUUCACAUUAUGGAUACCGUUGACUCCACUAAUGUGGCUGCUUUAUCGUCAACUAUAUGCUUCUAAUGGUCCUGCAAAGAAACGAAAGCCUAGUAGUCAGACUGUUAGCUUUGAUGAUGUAGAAGGCGUUGAUACUGCGAAAGUUGAACUCAUGGAGAUAGUAAUGUGCUUGCAAGGUGCUAUCAACUAUAACAAAUUAGGAGCAAGGUUACCACGAGGCGUUCUGCUAGUAGGUCCUCCUGGAACAGGAAAAACCUUAUUAGCCCGUGCUGUAGCUGGAGAAGCUGGUGUACCAUUCUUCUCUGUAUCUGCCAGUGAGUUCGUGGAGUUGUUUGUUGGAAGAGGAGCUGCACGUAUUAGAGACCUUUUCAAAGUUGCGAGGAAAUCUUCACCAUCCAUUAUAUUUAUUGAUGAACUUGAUGCUGUUGGAGGAAAGCGUGGUAGAAGUUUCAACGAUGAACGUGAUCAAACACUCAACCAGUUGCUCACAGAAAUGGAUGGGUUUGAGUCAGAUACAAAAGUAAUUGUUAUUGCUGCAACAAACAGACCUGAAGCAUUAGACGAGGCUCUUUGUCGUCCUGGUCGCUUCUCUAGGAAAGUUCUUGUGGGAGAACCAGAUGAAGAAGGAAGGAGAAAGAUACUGGCUGUGCAUUUAAGAGAUGUUCCUCUUGAGGAAGACAAGCAGCUUAUCUGCAACCUUGUUGCGUCCCUCACCCACGGUCUUGUUGGUGCUGAUCUCGCUAACAUUGUCAAUGAAGCCGCAUUACUUGCUGCACGCAGAGGUGGAGAAGUGGUGUCGAGAGAAGAUAUAAUGGAAGGCGUAGAAAGGGCAAAGUUUGGGAUCAACAAUAAGCAAAGAACUUCAAAUAUAAUUAGCAAGGAGCUUGGGAAAUUAUUCCCUUGGAUGCCAUCUAUUAUGGGAAAAUCCGACUCAAAAACUGAAGGAUUUCAGGGGCCAUUGGGGUAUCAAACAUUAAGUUCAUGAUACUGUAAUUAUAAUUUUGGUAAUGGUUAUAUUUGUUGUCACAUUUUUUGAAAGUGCGAUGCACAGUUCUUUGAUCUCGCUCUCUCCGGAUGGUGAUGGAUCUUUAUACAUACCAUGAUGUUAAUUAA